UAAACCAGGCUAGGCUAGCAGGACAGAUAGUUAGCAGCAGCACGGAGAACAGGAACACAGUCGGGCUUCAGCUCAGUAGGGGGGGGGGGACAGCGGAGACCGGACAGGAGCGACUCUUUCCCUUCCAGCAAUGCGGACACUGAGUGUCUCCUCCAGCUAACGUCAACGGCGUCCCGACGGGCAGGGACUGCUCCGAGGCGACGGGAGAUAAAAGGCGACAUCAAAAAAGGGGAAGGGUUAGCUCUGUUUCAAUGUUAUUGUCAAUUCAGAACCACAUAUGGUCACAAUGUCCUGCACUGGCAACCUCGUUUGGGAUGUAAACAAACGCCUAAUUGGAUACAGCGAGCCUAACGCCAUCAGGACCAACUAUUUAGGUAGAAGAGAAUUUGUCCAGAGGCUUAAACUCGAAGCAACACUGAACGUACACGAUGGCUGCGUCAACACUAUAUCGUGGAACGACACGGGUGAAUACAUCCUGUCAGGGUCGGACGAUACCUUCCUGGUCAUCACCAACCCUUACAACAAAAAGGUCAAGAAGUCUAUACGUUCAGGUCAUCGGGCAAACAUCUUCAGUGCGAAGUUCAUGCCCCACACCAACGAUCAGGAAAUUGUCUCCUGCUCUGGAGACGGCAUCAUCUACUACACCCACACUGAGAAGAGUCCUGAGUACAACAGACAGUGUCAGUUCACCUGCCAUUAUGGAACCGCUUAUGAGAUUAUGACGGUACCGAACGACCCCUACACGUUCCUGUCCUGCGGGGAGGACGGCACGGUGCGGUGGUUUGACCUUCGCAUGAAAACUAGCUGCACUAAAGAAGACUGCAAAGAUGACAUCCUGAUAAACUGCAGAAGAGCAGCGACGUCCAUAUCAAUUUCUCCGCUGGUGCCGUACUACCUGGCCGUGGGCUGCUCCGACAGCUCGGUGCGAAUCUACGACAGACGCAUGCUGGGCACAAGAGCGACGGGUAAUUACAUGGGCCGGGGAACCACGGGCAUGUGUGUUCGGUUUGUUCCCGCUCACCUGUCCAACAAGUCGUGCAGAGUGACCUCUCUCUGCUACAGCGAGGACGGUCAGGAGGUGCUGGUCAGCUACUCCUCCGAUUACAUUUACCUGUUCAAUCCCAAAGAUGACCAGGCUCGAGAGCUCAAGGGCCCGUCGGAGGAGAGGAGAGAGGAGCUGAGGCAGCCUCCAGUGAAGCGCCUCCGUCUACGAGGUGACUGGUCUGACACUGGACCCCGAGCUCGCCCUGAGAGCGAGAGGGAGAGAGAUGGGGAGCAGAGUCCGAACGUGUCUCUGAUGCAGAGGAUGUCGGACAUGCUAUCCCGGUGGUUUGAGGAGGCCAGUGAAGCCCAGAGUAGCAGAGGAACCCGACCUCAAACGCGGCCCCGAGGUACAGCUCUUCGUCCCGAGGGGACGUUGAAUGCUCCAGCUGCCGCAACAGGCGACUCUAGUCAGGAGUCCAGCGCCCCCGAGAGGCCUGUGGGGACGGACUCCCCAGAGGUACCUGCCAGUCCCGCAGCGGCCACCACUGCGCCCAUGCCUAAAUCCACCUCCUCUUCCUCCUCAGGGUCAUCAUCAACAGUCACAGCACCUCCUCCUUCCAGCUCAUCAUCAGUGGAGACCUCGGCCACUUCUUCCUCCCCUCUCACGUCGUCCCCCGACUCAGAGCAGCGGAGUCAGGGUGACACAACCGGGACCCCGACGCUGACGGCCACGCCCACCUCUGAGCCCGCACUCUCAGAUUCCCCCUCGUCUGUGGUAAACAAACAGCUGGGAUCCAUGACUCUUGAUGAACAGCAGGUAGCAGCCGAAGCUACAGCUUCACCUGCUGAUGAAUCUGCUGCUGCACCAGCCAGCAGCAUCCCAUCCAUCUCCACCUCCACUUCCACCAGUCGACCCAGUGCAGCAGAGCCUGUCCUCAGCCUGCACUACAGCUCAGAGGGAACCACCACCAGCACUAUCAAACUGGACUUCACUGAUGAGUGGAGCAGCAGCACGUCCAGUUCGAUGGGCAGUGGAGGCCCCAAAACAUCAGAAGCUGCAGCUGUACAGAGCAGAGAGAGUCUGUCGACAGAGAGCUCGGUAUCAGAGCAGGAGCCAGCAUGUGAUGCCUCCUGCUCCAGUGCCCCCAGCAGCUCAGCAGCUCAGGUUCCAGCAGAGGGCUCCUCUGAGGGAGACAGCAUGGCGUCUUCGCCGCAGGAGAGGAGUCAGCCGGAAGGUACAGAGGACAGGUCAGGGGGCUGUCGGCGAGCAGAGCCCUCUACAGAGGAGGGGCAGGAGGGCCAGAGUCAGCCCGCACGCGGCAACCAGGACUCUGAUGACAGUGAUGAUGAUCCUAUUCUUAUCCCCCCCUCAAGGUUCAGAGGACAGGGGCAAAGACAAUCAGCAGCAGCUCGUAUUCAGGAGCUGUUCCGCAGGAGGAAAGAAAGGAGGGAGAUGGAGGAGAGCGAGACUCAGAAUAUCAGGAGACCUUCAGUCAAAAUGGUCUACAAAGGCCACCGCAACUCCAGGACAAUGAUAAAGGAGUCGUGUUUCUGGGGCAACAACUUUGUGAUGAGUGGUUCAGACUGCGGGCACAUCUUCAUCUGGGACAGACACACCGCAGAGCACCUCAUGCUACUUGAAGCCGACAACCACGUGGUCAACUGCCUGCAGCCGCACCCUUACGACCCUAUUCUGGCUUCUUCAGGGAUAGAUUAUGAUAUCAAGAUUUGGUCGCCACUGGAAGAAUCGCCGUCUUUCAACAGAGUCCUCGCUGAGGAGGUCAUCACUCGGAAUGAGCUGAUGUUGGAGGAAACGAGAAACACGAUCACAGUCCCGGCCUCUUUCAUGCUUCGAAUGUUGGCCUCCCUCAAUCACAUCAGAUCAGAUCGGGUAGAAGGCGAUCGCUCCGAAGGCUCAGGCCAGGAAAACGAGGACGAGCAGUAGCCAGCUGGAAUUUUAUUUUAAAAUAAACACUAUUUCUUCUUGCUGUAUAGCACUUGAAAAAUACCCGAGAUUUGUACAAGUAUAGUGUAGAAAAACUUCCUUUUGAAAAUUAGUGUAAUUUCUAGCCCCUUGUGUUUUUUAAGAAGACUUUCUUACUGAUGUGUCUGUAUGAGGAUAAACUAUAUUUGUGUGAAUGUAAAGGCAAGGACGUCAAAAUAUAAGUGUGAGGAAAAGUGGUGGCUGGUGUGAAAGUUUAAGUGCAAUAUUAUUUUGUUAGGAGAAGGUGAGCUUUGAUCAGUGUUAACGUUUGACGUUUUUGAAACUGUAGCACAGCGCUGAGAAAUGUUGAUGUGCUGCUCCGGCAGUUACGCAUGUGAAUACAGACAUAAAGUAAAACACGGAUGCUUUAAUUUUCUUGUUGAUAAAGAAGAAGAAGAAGAAAGGGGGGCGGGGGGAAGAAAGCUGUGGAUCUUCUCCCCAAAAAUAUGUUUUACAAAACCUGGAAAAAAUAAAAAAUAAAGCCAA